GUUAUUUAAUUAUUGAACAACUAGACGAUUAAUUUAGUAAAAAUUCUCGGGGUGAUGGAUGAUGGUGACCACGAUCCCACAAUGCAAAGUGUCCACACAUCAAACAUUUUACCUCAAAAUAUGACACUUUGCUGUUUACAUAGUAUAAUAUCUUUGAUUAAUAUUUAUUUUACACAGUAGGGCUUGAUGCGUUGAAGAAGAAUAAUGAAAUGUAUUGAUAGUACUUAAAAUAGGUAUUGUUGAAGAGUUAAAAGUAACAUCAUCAUAAAUGUAAUCAUAGUUGUCGGUACAUAUGGUGUGCUUCAGUUGUCAUACUCAAAAGUUGGAAUUUUAUUGAGGUUGCGCUGACUUUCCCAGUUGUUCCAACAGUUUCCCAAUCUGACCCUUUAGAUCCAGCCUCGAAAACGAACCCCAACAUAGGAUUCCAAAAUGGCAAGCUAGCACUCGUACAAAUACUUAUACCUAUAAUGUUAAUUGCAUCUCUGCCUUUUUUGUUUCAUAGUAAAUUAGUCAAUUAUCCGUGGACAUGUUGUGCCACUGUUGCUACACUGCCUGUUUUGUAAACAGUGUCUCAAGGGAAAUCUAGUGGUUCUCUAUCUUAUCACUCAACUGCUAGUUUCCUGCAUUUGUGAAACAUCCUCUUUUCUUUUUUUUUUGAAUUUUGCAUUGAUGUAAUUUUUUUAGUCAUCUGAAUCUGUUUCACAGGCAGCGUUUCUCUCUCUGGGAAGGAGACGUCAGCUUGUGAGCAGCCAUGGUGCUGCCUCACCUUCCUCUCUACAUCCUCCUCCUCUCUCUUUCUCCACACCACUGUACCUCACUGUCUCAGAGCUCCACCCAUGGAGACCCUCUCCUCCACACCACCCUGCCCUCUGUGACUGCAGCAGGACCGAUCCUGGAGGGCCGUCCCUUCGUCGUCGUGUGGAACAUGCCCACAGCGCGCUGUCAGGAACGCUACGAUGUUCACCUGAACCUGGGAGACUUUGACAUUGUGGAAAAUCGACGGCAGAGAUUCCAGGGACAGAGAAUGACCAUCUUCUACCGGGACCGCUUGGGAUUAUAUCCAUACCUCUCUCAGGAUGGCAGGGAGGUGAACGGAGGAAUACCACAGCUUGGCGAUCUCGCCGCUCACCUUUCUCUCACGGGGAUGCAGAUGUCCAGUUUGCUGCAGCCAAACUUCACAGGUUUGGGCGUCAUCGACUGGGAGGAGUGGCAGCCAAUAUGGGAGACAAACUUCGGGACCAAGAUGGAGUACCGCAGGUUGUCCAAGGAGCUGGUUAAACGCAAGAGCCCGGAUUUGUCGGACAGGGCUGUGACAUCACUGGCGAGGCAAGAGUUUGAGGAGAGCACUCAGAAGUUCAUGGAGGAGACGCUGCAGUUGGCGGUCAGCCAUCAUCCCAAGGGAUUGUGGGGGUUUUAUGGGUUUCCUGUCUGCUUUAAUAAACACAAGAGGAAAACAGAUGAGAGCUACACAGGACGCUGUCACAGGGGGACGAGACAGCAAAAUGACCGUCUGUCGUGGCUCUGGAGACAGUCCACUGCUCUCUAUCCCAGCAUCUACCUGCCACAGAGAGGAGUGACGGAUGCACCUCUCAUGGUCAGACACCGUGUUCUGGAGGCUUUGAGGGUUGCAUCACUUUGGCGCCACAGCAGCAACACCAACCACAGCACACCAGUGCUUCCCUACGCCCGGCUAGCUUUCAGACACACUCUCAACUUUCUCAAUAAGACAGACCUGGUGCAUACACUGGGGGAGAGCGCAUCAUUGGGUGCUGCUGGAGUGGUGCUGUGGGGAGAGCUGAAAUUUGCCAAAUCCAAGAAUCAGUGCAUCCUCCUCAGAGACUAUGUCCACACCGUCUUGGGUCCCUUCAUACGAACGCUAAGGUCUGACACCCUGCACUGCAGCCUCCAACUUUGCCAUGGCAACGGGCGCUGCACCAGGAGACGCCGCAACUCUGGUCACAUGGUGUCAUUAGGUCAAGCUAUAAUCACAGACCCUCAUGACUUUACCAGUAACAAACCUUUUUAUGGUCACUUCAAGUGUCAUUGUUACCCAGGGUGGACUGGACAGAAGUGUCAGGUGAUGGUGAAGGAUGAAACCACCUAGAACAAAGAGUAAACCACACUUUUCAUGUGAGAACAAAGACAUAACAGUGUGUCUGCUCCCUGUGGGGAUGUACAAGUAAAAUAAAUACAUUUGGAAAUGUA